GGGCGCUGAGGCGCUUGGGUGUUUGGGGUUGGUCCCGUACCGGAAGUGCGUGGGCUGCCCGGCUGGCCCUAUUCAGGAUUUUCAGGAAACAUGGAAGCCGCGGCGGUAGCCAGCGUCUAAGGACUCGUGUGACUAUCUCCGGGGAGCCUUUGCAAGGAAACAGGAGGAUGCCACUGGAAUCACCCUCCUCUUCGAUGCCACUAUCCUUCCCGUCUCCCUUGCCCUCAGUACCAGAUGACAUUACAGGCUCUUCCCCUCCCCCAAUGUCUUACAUCACUUCCCAGGAGAUGAAGUGUAUUCUUCACUGGUUUGCCAGUUGGUCAGGUCCCCAGCGUGAGCGUUUCCUGCAGGACCUUGUAGCUAAGGCAGUACCAGGAAAAUUACAGCCAUUGCUCGAUGGUCUGGAGCAGCUUAGUGUUUCUGGUGCAAACCGACCGCCUUGUAUCUUUGAGUGCCAGCUGCGUCUUUGGGAUCAGUGGUUCCGAGGCUGGGCUGAGCAGGAACGCAACGAAUUUGUCAGGCAGCUGGAGAUCAGCGAGCCAGACUUUGUGGCAAAGUUCUACCAAGCAGUGGCUGCUACCGCUGGGAAGGACUGAUGGGCAUUCAGAUCAAAGAAGAUAACCACAGCUAAUGGAGCCGAGGCUAUGACUACAGUGAGAAUUCAAGUACACCACUUAAAGGGCUGGAGACGGUAACCCAACAAGCUGACUGCACCUUUCAACACAGGCCUGGUUACUUCAACAGGGACGGGGCAGCUGGACUCCGAGUAUAAUUGUAUCCAUCUAAGCAAAUCCAGAUCAUGUCUGUCUUCAUGGUUUGCUUCUUCCCAAGAGAUGUCAAACCCUCAAGAAUUUGAUGGUUUCUUUUGCAACUAAAACUGAAAGGAAUCUAUGUGUUACAACUCAAAGCCUACUUUAGCUAGCCCCUGGAAAAGGGCUAAGUAAAACCUGCCUUCCCCAGGAAGAGGAGAGGCUAAUACAGGGUCACUCAAGUAUUUUUGUGGUCUAGCUGGAUUUAGAUGGCUCGUUUUACCACCCUUACAAGAUUCUAGGAUAGUUGUAUGACAUCCUAGCUACUAGCUUUCUCAAUGAUGACUUAAUAACAUUAUGGAGAGAUCAACAUAGGGGACAAUCACCUCGUCCUCUAUACUGUGUGUAUUUAUAUCCAAAUAAUAAUGACCUUUUUCUAAAGCAUAGAUGGUAUCCUUGGAGCUGGUAGCAGGUGUUCCUAUUCUGUAAGUUUGCUGUACAACAAUAUAAAGAUUGACACUCUUUAGAGUGAAGAGUUUAUUUUUUUGUAACAAAAUAAAAAGAUCUUUACAGCCAUAA